AUGAAGCCUCGAAAUUUGGUAGAGUGCGCGUUCUCGCGGUGGAAUGGCACGUGUCGAGUGCGCUACCUGGGCGGAGCAGUUUAUGAUGUCGAGUGGAGAAGUCGACAGGGCGAAUCGCGUCGAGUGGAGCUCAACCUCCAGGAUCCCGUGCUUCGCCGCAUGAUCAUGGGCUUCAUUGCGGCAUUACCGGUGGCCGCCCGCCCAAACAUAGGGCAGUUUUUGAGCUUGCUGCCCGGGAGUUCCGCCUUGCCGGUAGUCCCGCGCCCCAGCCACAAAUCCACCGGGGAUAUUGCGCAUUUUUCAGAAGCCCUCGAUUCGUUUGUGCUGAAUCGCGGUACGUAUAUCGACGGGCAGGAGGUGGCUAUUGGGAAAGAGGAAGAAGUGAUUGGUGAACCGUCUGUAAGCGUUCCGGUCGACGACAUUGUCGAAAGUAGCUGUACUUCAAUCCCUGUGCCGGCCAUAACCGAUAUGAACUAUCAA